AUGUUACUCACGUCGUCACAAGUUUCCGUCGCCAUAUCCUCCGCCAUUGUCGUUGCCUUCACGGCUGCGCUGUUCCUCAGCGGCUAUGUCAUCCAGCAGAGGACCGUACGCCACCUGCGCGCUGCAAUCAGGCCCGACUCGUCGCCGCAGAUAUACCUUCCCGACCGAUUCCGAGAUGACACGACCGAGCUGGCCGACGGGACGAUUGUCAUGCUGGACGAGUACGGCCGGCCGGUGAGGCAAGAAGAGGAGCAACAAGAACAAGAACAGCAACGACCAGCUCAGGAAAAGCCGGGCGAGAAGCCCAUCAGCAGGGCAGAGCGCAGGAGGCUGAUCAAGGAAGAGAUCCAAAGGCUGUCGCAGGGCGAGGAGCCCCUUUACUACCAGCGACGGCUAUGGUGA